ACCAUUCAUUAUUUAAUUCGGAGGUGUCGAUUUAAAACGUUGAUUACCCAAUCGAUUCUGUUACAAUUUCCCAUAAACAUGAAUUACGAAAAUAAAAUAAUACUUGCGCCAAUGGUCAGAAUAGGAACAUUGCCAAUGAGACUUUUGGCUCUAAAAUACGGUGCUGACAUUGUUUAUACUGAAGAGCUUAUAGACUGGAAGUUUUUACGAUCUAAGAGAAGAUUUAACGACAUACUUAACACAGUAGAUUAUGUUGAUCAAACAGAUGGAACUAUUGUAUUCCGCACUUGUGAAGAAGAAAAGAAAAAAGUGGUUUUACAACUCGGGACGUGUGAUGAAGCCAGAGCUUUAAAGGUCGCCAAAUUAGUGGAACAUGAUGUGGCAGCAAUAGAUAUUAAUAUGGGAUGCCCAAAAGAAUUUUCUAUAAAAGGUGGCAUGGGUGUGGCACUAUUGUCAAAGCCAGAUAAGGCUUAUCAAAUUUUAAAAACACUAGUUGACAAUUUAUCUAUUCCUGUGACAUGUAAGAUAAGAAUACUGAAGACACCAGAAGCCACUUUAGAGUUGGUAAAUAAAUUGGUGAGUUCAGGAAUCAAGGCAAUAGCUGUGCAUGGUCGUACGAAAGAUGAGAGACCACAGCAUGCUGUCCAUACUGACAUUAUUCAUUAUGUUGCAGAUAACAUAUCAAUUCCAGUCAUAGCAAAUGGAGGAUCUAAAGAAAUUGAAAAGCAUAGUGAUAUAGCUAAAUUCAAAGAGAUGACUGGUUCAAGUAGUGUGAUGUUAGCUCGUGCCGCAGAAUGGAAUUGUUCAAUAUUCAGAAAAGAAGGAUUAUUACCGAUGGAUACUGUAAUAAAAGAUUAUCUUAAACUAGCCGUUGAUUAUGAUAAUUCACCUUCAAAUACAAAGUACUGCAUUCAAAACAUUUUAAGAGAUCUGCAAGAAACACCUAGAGGAAGACAGUUCUUGGAGAGUCAAACUUUAGAGCAAAUAUGCUCCAUUUGGGAUUUAGGAGGAUACUGUUUAGAAAAACAAUCACAGUUCCAAAAGAUGGGGAUUCAAGGAAGGUGGCAAGUCUGUCCUAAACAACUAGAACCUCCACAAAAAAAGGCAAAACAUUAUAAUGAAGAAGAUUUGUGUGAUGCAAUACAAAUGAAAGUAUCCUUUAUUCGAGCAAAUUUCAAUGACUUGAAUCUACCUAAAAGCAGACUUCAUGCUUGGGCUGGAAAGAAUGGGUACAGUUUGCCAAAGUAUAACACUCAACAUAUUGAGAAACUGUUUCGUACAAUAGUGACAUUUAAUGAGAAAAAGUAUACAUCAACAUUUUGGGAAAAAAAUAAAAAAUUUGCAGAGCAAGGUGCUGCUUUAGUAUGUUUGCAUCAUUUAGGGAUUGUUUCAGAAGAUGAAUUAAUUAAAACAGGAAGUAUAAUAAAGUAAUUUACUUAA